AUGCUUGAUUAAGUUCUACAAGUUAUUGGAUUACAAAAAAAUGAGGAAUAGCAAAUGGAGGCUCUAUAUGACGAUUUUUAGAGGCCUCCAAAGAUUUCAAUUGCAAUGAUGCAUGCUGCAGCCACAAAAUUUGCUAAGACUGACUAAAAUAUUGAUCUUGAUAAAACGAAUGUUUGCCCUUGUUGUGGAUUACCUGCUGUUAUCGAAGAAAUCCCAUUAUGUUCAUCAAGAAGCGAAUUCAGCUUCAAUGGUUCAGGAAUAGCAUUAUAUUUCGAUUUCUUAGUUUUUUCUGGCAUCAUUGUCUUUACUUACAUGUAUCUUAAUUCAAUAAAAAUAUAGAGCCAUCAGUUGUGGCUACAAUAUCUAUGUUAAUUCUCAUGGAAAUCGAUGUAAUCAUAUCAAUAGUAGUCUUGCUGACAAAUGCAAAACAGACUUCUUUAAUUAAUUUUCAUUAACAAAUGAUCAUGAGUAAUAAUAUUUAACAUAUCUAAUAGAUAAUUAGAUGACACUCGUAGCAUUCUCAAUUUUGUAUCCUUAGUAGUAAUUGUGUUUAUGACUUUAUUUUACAGAAGACACAUUAACAAAAUUGCUAUGGAAUUAGAUGAUGCAGCUAUCUUAUCCUCUGAUUUCUCAAUAUUUGUUGAGAAUAUCCCUAGAGAUGCAAAAGAGAUAGAAAUUUAAGAAUAUUUUUCUUAAUUAUUCCAAAAUGAAAAAGUUGAAUUUAGAAAAUUAUGCAUUGCAUAUGAAAUCCAGCCUUAUUUGAAAUUGAACACUCAAAAAUAAUUGAAGGAAUCUGUGCUUACAAAAGUACUGGAACUAGAAGCAGAAGGAAAAUCCAUACCUAAAUCAAUUCCACCUAGAGACUAACUAAAAUAAGAAAUAGAAAAAAUUUCAAAGGAAUUAGAUGAUAUGGAAGAUAAUAGAGCUAAUAUUUUCAAAUUCAGUGGAAUUUGCAUAAUUAGUUAUAAUUAUGAAAGACAAGCUGAUAAUGUUUGUAAAACUUUCAAAGCCACAAGAUUUUAGAUUUUAUUAGAUUAAUUAGGAUUUGAAUAAAAUUAAUUCUAAAAAUUUAGAAACAAUAACCUCUUUGUAAGGAAGGCGCCAGAACCAGGGGAUAUAAUUUGGGGUAACCUCGGUAUUACAAUUAAAGAGUAGUAUAAAAGAACUUUAAUAACUAAUGCUAUGACUCUACUUUUGUUGGCUAUUGGUUUUGGGUUAUUACUUGGAUUAUCUUAUCUAUAGAAUGUCAUUAAUUAAAAUAUUUCAAAAGGGUCAAAUGCAGAAGCAGCUAUUGUUACUGUUAUCGGAUUUGCAUCAUCAAUACUUAUUUUGGUAAUAAAUACAGUAUUAGCAAAAAUGAUUAUCAAAUUUGCUGAAUUAGAGUAAUAAGCUACAAGAACAGAUUAUAAUAUAAGUGUUGCNAAUAGUUUAAUUAAUUUAGUGUAUUAUUUGAUUUUAUUUAAUUAUCUUAAAUACUUAUUAACCCAUUAAUAAAUCAAAAAAUUAGUAUGA